AUGGGUAACUACAUAACAGUUGCCACUUGUAACUUAAACCAAUGGGCAUUGGAUUUCGAAGGGAAUAGAGAUAGAAUCUUAGAAUCUAUCAAAGAAGCAAAAAGACAAGGUGCAACUUUAAGAGUUGGUCCAGAAUUAGAAGUCUGUGGGUAUGGUUGUUUAGAUCAUUUUGCUGAAAAUGAUAUCUAUCAUCACAGUUGGGAAAUUUAUGGUGAAAUAAUUGCUAAUCCAGAGACUCACGGAAUUGUAUUGGAUAUUGGUAUGCCUAUCAUUCACAAAUCUAUCAAAUAUAAUUGUAGAAUCAUCUCAUACAACGGAGAAAUCUUAUUGAUCAGACCUAAAUUGUACUUGGCUAAUGAUGGAAACUACAGAGAAAUGAGAUAUUUCACUGCUUGGAAUAGACCAAAGUAUUAUGAAGAUUAUCAAUUGCCUAAAUUUAUCAGUAAAAUCACAGGACAAUCAAGAGUCAUUUUUGGUGAUUGUAUUAUUCAAACUUUGGAAACUAGAUUGGGUUGUGAAACAUGUGAAGAAUUGUUCACUCCAAAUUCUCCUCAUAUUGCCAUGGCUUUGGAUGGUGUUGAAAUAUUCACCAAUUCUAGUGGGUCUCAUCAUGAAUUGAGAAAAUUAGACACAAGAUUGAAAUUGAUCACUGAAGCAACUAAAAAAUGUGGGGGUAUUUACUUGUAUGCUAACCAAAAGGGAUGUGAUGGUGAUAGAUUAUAUUAUGAUGGAUGUGCUAGUAUUAUUGUUAAUGGUAAUGUCUUGGCCCAAGCUUCCCAAUUCUCAUUAAAAGAUGUCGAGGUUAUUAGUGCUACUGUUGAUUUGGACGAUGUUAGAGCUUACAGAAACCAAAAAUCUGCCAGUGCUCAAGCUGUUAAUCAAGUGGAAAAAUUCAAGGUUUUAUACACUGAUAUUGAAUUAUCUCCAAGUGACUACCUUUUUGAUCCUACGGUAAUGCCAACCAAGCCACAACCAAUUAAAUACCAUUUACCAGAAGAAGAAAUCGCACUUGGCCCAGCUUGUUGGUUAUGGGAUUAUUUGAGAAGAUCUAAAUGUGGUGGUUACUUCUUACCAUUAAGUGGAGGUAUUGAUUCAUGUGCUACUGCCGUUAUUGUUCAUCUGAUGUGCAGAUUAGUCGUUGAGGCUAUUCCACAUGAUAAACAAGUCUUGAAGGAUAUUCAAGCCAUUACUCAUGAUGAUACUUUUGUGCCAAAGACACCACAAGAAAUUGCCGAACGUAUUUUUUACUCAUCAUUUAUGGGUACUGAAAACUCAUCGGCCGAAACAAGAUCCAGAAGUAAGGAAUUAGCGGCAAAGAUUGGGUCAUACCAUGUUGAUUUAAAUAUGGACAAUUUGGUGGGAGCUGUUGUUUCAUUAUUUGAAGUUGCCACAGGUAAAAAACCUAUUUUCAAGAUAUUUGGUGGUUCACAAACUGAAAACUUGGCAUUGCAAAAUAUCCAAGCUAGAUUGAGAAUGGUUUUAAGUUAUCUUUUUGCUCAAUUGUUGCCUUGGACAAGAGGUAAAAAUGUUCCUGGGCUACUUGUUUUAGGAAGUGCUAAUGUUGACGAAUGUUUGCGUGGUUAUUUAACCAAAUACGACUGUUCAUCUGCUGAUAUUAAUCCUAUCGGUGGUAUUUCUAAAACUGAUUUAAAAAGAUUCAUUGCAUGGGCUGAAGAUAAGUUUGAGUUACCAAUUUUGCAUGAUUUCUUAACAGCUACACCAACAGCCGAAUUGGAACCAAUCACAAAAGAUUAUGUUCAAAGUGACGAAAUUGAUAUGGGAAUGACAUAUGAUGAGUUAUCAAGAUUUGGUACUUUACGUAAGGUCGACAAGUGUGGGCCUUUGGCUAUGUUUAUUAAAUUAUAUCAUGAAUGGUCUCAGCCUCCAUAUAAUUUAACUGCUGAGCAAGUUGCUGAAAAGGUGAAACGAUUCUGGUUUUUCUAUGCUAUCAACAGACACAAGAUGACGACAAUGACUCCUGCCUACCACGCUGAACAAUACUCACCAGAUGAUAACAGAUUUGAUUUAAGACCAUUUUUGAUCAAUCCAAGAUUCCCUCAUGCUAGCAAGAAAAUCGAUGCCUUGGUAAAAGAGAUCAACGAAAGACAAAAAGAAAUAGAAGCCAGUAAUAAGAGUGUAGAUUAG